CAAAAGGACACCAAGCCUGUCACGACAAAAUCCCCUCUCACGCUUAGUUCACGACGCUGCCAUGUAUCAAAUCGUCCAACAAUGACUAAUCUUUUCCCCUAACUCUUUAUUCUUUUUUUAUUAUUAUUAUUUUUAAAAAUAAAUAUUUGCAAACCCUUCUCUCUCUCUCUCUCUCUCUCUCUCUGUAUGUUUUGUUUAUUUAAGAAGGCUGUGGAACAAAGAUUGGGAGUUAUUUGUUAUCUGGAGGUGGGAUUGCUGUAGGGCUUUUGGUGGGUUUUUCGUGAAUUGAAAAACGCUCGAGAAAGGGAUUCUUGGGAUUGAUUAUCUUAUCUUCUGAUUCGAACAAAUGUUUCAAGAAGAUGGAUCCUCGUCGGUGACCUCCUCGCCGCUCCAAAUGUUUCCGAUGAUGUCCUUAUCCCCAAAUUUGAUGUGUCCGUACCCAUGGCUGAAAGAACUCAAGCCUGAAGAAAGGGGUCUGUAUUUGAUCCAUCUUCUGGUCACGUGCGCCAAUCACGUGGCCUCCGGCAGCCUCGAGAAUGCCAACAUAGCCCUCGAUCAAAUCUCCCAUUUGGCCUCUCCCGACGGCGAUACGAUGCAGCGAAUUGCCUCCUACUUCUCCGAAGCUCUCGCCGAUCGGAUUCUCCGAAACUGGCCUGGCGUUUACAAGGCCUUCAAUUCCACCAAACUCCCCAACCUUGCCGAAGAAGUUCUUGUAAGAAAACUCUUCUUUGAGUAUCUCCCGUUCAUGAAGGUCGCCUUUGUGAUCACUAAUCAGGCAAUAAUCGAAGCCAUGGAAGGCGAGAAAAUGGUCCACGUCAUCGACCUGAAUGUGUCCGAACCGGCUCAGUGGUGCGCCCUGAUCCGGGACCUCAGCGCCCGCCCCGAAGGGCCGCCGCACCUGAGGAUCACCGGCGUCCACCGCCGGAAAGAGGUGUUGGACCAGGCGGCGCAUGUGUUAAUCGAGGAAGCCGAGAAAUUGGAUUUGUCGUUUCAGUUCAAUCCCGUGGUUAGUCGUUUGGACAAUCUUGAUAUCGAAAAGCUUCGUGUCAAAACAGGGGAGGCUCUGGCGAUUAGUUCGAUUAUGCAGCUGCAUUCCCUCGUCGGCAGCGGAGCCGCCGCCGCCUCCGCCGCUGCCGACAAUUCGCGGUACAAUCGAUCUCCGAUGUCGAAUGCAUUCAGCCUAAACUUGCAUAGGGUUGCAGCGCAGAUGAAUCAGAAUAAUACGCUCGGCGAUUUGCUCGAAAAAGACAUGGUUAAUGGCCAUAGCCCGAGCACCGACUCUGCCUCGUCAUCGCCGCUGUCCUCCGCUCCCACGUCGAGCAUCGACGGGUUUCUCGGCGCGUUAUGGGGUCUUUCGCCGAAGGUUAUGGUGGUGACGGAGCAGGAUUCGGAUCACAACGGGAAGAAUUUGAUGGAGAGGCUGUCGGAAUCGUUGUACUUUUACGCUGCAUUGUUCGAUUGUCUCGAAUCGGCAUUGCCGAGGGCGUCGUCGGAGAGGUUGAAGAUGGAGAAAAUGUUGUUAGGGGAGGAAAUUAAGAAUAUAAUAGCGUGCGAGGGAGUCGAGAGGAAAGAACGACACGAGAAGCUUGAGAAGUGGAGCCAACGAUUCGACUUGACGGGUUUCUCGAACGUUCCAUUGAGCUACUACGCGAUGUUGCAAGCGAAGAGGUUGUUGCAAAGCGUUAAUUGUGACGGGUAUAAGAUUAGGGAAGAGAACGGGUGCGUCGUGAUUUGCUGGCAAGAUCGACCCCUUUUCUCCGUAUCGGCGUGGAGGUAUAGGAGUUGGAAUCCUUGAAGGUUGGCGCCCGAGGCCUGCAGAAACUGUUGUCACAAUCUUAGCAUCGAGAGUGCGUGGCCAGAUGCAUCACCCGGACAAUAUCAUCCGUUGGAUCUAAACCAUUGUUUGAUCAAAUUGUAUUGCGGGCAAGACUAAUGAGGAGAGAGAGGUUAGUCGCGCGGAGCCAUUGAAGGAUCGAGAGUGUUAAAGUCCAUAUGAAGGGUAAAUGACAACUCCUUUUGUCACCAGUGAAUUUUGAAAUGGAGCCUUGAUUUCUGCUUAGAGCAAUUGCAACGGUCCAAGUAAAGAGUAGCUUCCUUCGUUUUAGAGAGUGUCAUAUAAAUUUAACAUAUACAGUGGCUUUUCCAUGGAGGGUUAACUUUCGGCCGGCCGUCUCCGUGGCUUGGCAAAGUAGAGGCCUCGCUACGGGCCAAAAAUUUUUCUCUUUCUCUUUUUCUCUCUCCGCGUCACCAUCUCUUCCUCUUCUUCCACCAAGUUCACUUUGCACCAAAGCUUCUCCAAUCCGCUUCAAACUCGAAUCUUUUCUGGAAAAGCUUGCGGAUCGUCGUUUCUGUCGGGAGGCUGCGAAGGAUGCUAUGGACAGAGUAUCGCUUCAUCGCAAAAUCACAUUAUUGAGGCUAGGGGAGUAUUAGAAUUGCCAACCAUGGUGUUCGGGAAUCCAUUGUAUGGAGUGAAAUUGAACUGCCUCUGCAAUUUGUAUGGCGGUUCAUCGUCGGCCAUGGACAGACAACAGGAGCAGGAAUCCGAUAACUCGAGCAAAGCAGCAUAUCUCCGGGAAGAUCAACUAUGUGCACAGCAUCGCCGCCGCCGGCGAAAGCAAUUACUGUUGUUGGAGCAAGAACAACUUCAACGAUGGUCGGCAGUCUUGCCUGCAAUUUUUAAUGGCCAGAUGAAGGUUUCGAAUGCGAAGGGAACUAUUUACCAAAAUUUUCACAGAGCAGUGCAAAUCCUCGCAUAUGGUUUUUGUUUCGAUAGCAUUGAUGAUGCUAUAAAGAUAGGAGAAAGUACAACAAGAGUGGCUAUGUUAAAGUUUUGUGAAGCAAUUAUCAAUACGCUUAAGGAACAAUAUUUGUGUGACCCGACCACCGACGACAUAGCACGACUAUUAGCUGAAAACAAAGAACGUAGAUUUCAGGGGAUGAUAGGCUCUCUCGAUUGCAUGCACUGGCGGUGGGAUGCAUGCCAUGUGGCGUGGAGAGGCCAAUACAAUGGGCCCUACGGCUACCCGACAUUGAUAUUAGAGGCAGCUGCUUCCCAAGACCUGUGGAUAUGAUAUAUGGACGGAACAGCAACGCCGAUCGAAUAUGAGGUGAAUGGGAGGCGGUACAACCUCCCAUACUACUUGACGGAUGGUAUAUAUCCUAAGCAUGCAGUUUUCAUGCAGGCAAUAAGCAAUCCGGUUACUACCAAAGAACGAGCGUUUACUACAUUGCAAGAAGCUUUUCACAAAGAUAUCGAAAGAGUAUUUGGCGUACUCCAACAAAAAUGGCGUAUUUUGGCCAUGCCCGCUCGAAUGCGAAAGACAAGCGAUCUUCUAUGUGUAAUGACUAUGUGUACUAUUCUACACUAUGAUUGUCGAAGAUGAACGUGGUCACAAUCUUCCCAUUUGGACACCACCAAUUAAAGAGAAUCAAAAUUUUCCCGAGCAUGAGCAAUCAGUUGAAAAUGUUCGUCUCUUAUAUCGCAUUCGGAUGGGUAGAAUUCGUAAUCCUGAAACUAAUGUAAGACUAC